UUAGGGGAUUACUGAAAGGUGUUGACUCAGGUGUGUGUGUGUGUGUGUGUGUGUGUGGUGGUGUGCGCGCGCAGUUGUCGGGUCUGCCCAAAGCGCUGGUUCAGAUACGAGCAUCAUUUCUCUCCCUGGUCUCCUUACCCUUGCUACCCAGACGCCUUGCCAUGUACCCCCGUUGCGUGGCCUAAAAGUCAAGCAUGGAUAUCGGGGGGCUGACCACCGUGGUGGCAAAUUCCGCUUAUAUCAACGCCCGCGGCAGCAUCGAUGGCUCCAACCCGGCGGCGGCUCGAGACAAGAAGUACCACUCCCGCCUCAAGCUGCCUCACAUCACCGUGUGUGAGGGUCUGAGAGACACGCUGGAUUUGGCCUUUGAUGGCGUCUGCGUAGAGCAGCCCAUUGGGAAACGCCUCUUUCGGGAGUUCCUGGACACCAACCAAGAGUACCAAGGUGCAUGUCGACUCUGGCGGGACAUAGAGGACUAUGACCUGGCGGAAGAUUCGGACCGAGCCAAGAAGGCCUGGAAGAUUGUCCAGCGCUAUAUAGAUGCCACGGCCAAACAUUUCUGCCCCUUCCUCUCUGAGGACAUCAUAGCCAAGGUGAAGGAGGGCCAGGAGGCUGUAGGCGACGACUUGUUUGCAGCCGCUUUGGCCGCUACUCUGGACUACUUACGAGAGGCGCCUUACGUGUUCUUCCUGGAGAGCAUGUACUUGAAGAGGUUCCUCCAGUGGAAGUGGUUGGAGAUGCAGCCCAUGGACGCAGACUGGUUCCUGGACUUCCGCGUGCUCGGCAAAGGCGGCUUCGGCGAGGUCUCUGCAUGUCAGAUGAAAGCCACGGGGAAACUUUACGCCUGUAAGAAAUUGAACAAGAAGAGGCUGAAGAAACGGAAAGGCUAUGAGGGGGCGAUGGUGGAGAAGAGGAUUCUGGAGAAGGUCCACAGUCGCUUCAUUGUGUCGCUAGCGUACGCCUUCCAGACAAAGGAGGAGCUGUGUCUGGUCAUGACCAUCAUGAAUGGGGGAGAUCUGAAGUACCACAUCUAUCUUGUGGAUGAGAACAAGCCGGGCUUUGACGAACCCAGAGCCUGCUUUUAUAUAGCUCAGAUCAUUCAAGGCAUGGAGCAUCUGCACCAGAAGAGAAUCAUCUACAGAGAUCUCAAACCUGAGAACGUGCUCCUCGAUAACGACGGGAAUGUUCGCAUAUCUGACCUGGGUCUCGCUGUGGAAUUGAAACAAGGCAAAACGCUGACCAAAGGCUACGCCGGAACACCAGGCUACAUGGCUCCAGAGAUGCUGAAAGGGGAAAAGUACGACACUUCUGUAGACUACUUCACCCUGGGCGUGACGUUGUUCGAGUUCCUCGCCGCCAAGAACCCCUUCAGGAACAGAGGAGAGAAGCUUGAGCGUGAGGAGAUGAAAGAGCGAAUGCUGACCCGGGAGGCGAUCUACACGGACAACUUCAGCGAGAAUGCCAAGUCCCUGUGUAACGGGCUGCUGGCUAAAGAAGUCGACAAGAGGAUGGGUUUUAAGAACGGCUGCUGUGACGACAUCAGAGCCCACCCCUUUUUCAGUGACAUCAACUGGAGGAAGCUGAAUGCAGGCAUCCUACCGCCCCCGUUCGUUCCCGACCCCAGAGUGGUGUACGCCAAAAGCCUGGACGACGUGGGUGCCUUCUCCUCGGUCAAGGGCGUCACGCUGGAGGACCCGGACAGGGGCUUUUUCGACGAAUUCUCCUCAGGCAACAUCCCGAUCCCCUGGCAGGAGGAGAUGAUCGACAUGGGCGUUUACGGUGAGCUCAACGUGUGGGGCCCCGAGGGCGGCGUCCCCAACGACCUGCGCAGGGAGUCCAUCCUCGAGCAGCCCAAGUCGUCAACGUGCCGCGUGUCCUAGUGGCUCGCCCCGCAGUGCGGCGUGCACGGCGAGAUGACUGAAAGGCUCAGGAUUGCCUCUUGCCUGACUUUUCUUUUGUGGGCCCAGGAGACAACAGGAGCAACAUGGAGGCGGCGCUCCCACCAGGAGUACCAUUCAAUAUGAUGAUAUUAAAAGGAGAGUUUGCAAAUUACAGUCAUUUUGAUUUGACAGUAGUGCAUGAUGAAUCGUCUCUGGCCCCAUCUUGUGCCUUUAAUUAUUUUAUUUUUGCCCGUAGAAAGCCAGCCUAUCAGAGACAGUAGGUGUGCCUUAUGAGGUGUCAGUCAUUUGUCUCACACUCACGGCAUGCUCUUCGCCAGCGCACACCCGCGGCCUCACGCAGACCUGUGACUUUGUUGCCCCAGAAAAGCACCUCAUUCAUAAUGGCGUGUUAAUAUAACCCAAAGCAAUCCACUUUCAGGACAUGCGCAAAUCCAGCGCUGCAUUUAGCGUGACUCUGAGGGGAGACUGGCUCGACCUGGUUUUGGUAAUUCCGUGGACCGGCAUACCCCUUAGCGCAUUUACAAGUGGGCCGUCUGUGUUUUCAGUUGGAAGUUUUAUUUUUGCGGGGCCGCAAGGGUACACGCCAAAUGAUUGACACCUAGGAAGUCACGCCUUCCAUCUCUGAUUUGUUUUUUCCAAUUUGAGGCACAAGAUGGCCAGAGACUAAAGAUUUUUUUUUUUUUUUUUUUUCCCCCCCUUCUCACAGAUAAUUUUUGCCAUGUAUGUACAGAAUGUUUUAACAAAUAUCCCCCCCCCCCAUUAAUCCCUCAUUAUUCAUGUUUCUUGUGCUCCACUGAUCCAAAAUGUAGGAUUGUUUUUGUUCCUUAGUUCAGUGGAGUUUCGAUUUAACGGACUGAUAUGGGGGAGGUGUCGUCCAUUAAAUCAGAUUGUCCAUUAAAUUGAAACUUUUUUUUUUUUGUGACCUAAAAGACCAAUAUAAGUACAGUAUAAAAUUAUUGCUUUGUACUUUUUUAUCAUGGGCUGAAAACACCCAUUACAGUAAACAAAUUCCAUCCAUCCAUUUUCUGUACCGCUUGUCCGCACUAUUGUAAAUAAAUAUCAAAAAGCUUUAAAAAAUAGGGUUUUAAAGUUCAUCCAAACUUACCUCACUGGUGCAUGUAAGGGGGGAUUUUGUGUUCCAACUGGAAACAAUUUUCAGUCUGUUAAAUCGUGUUCUGUUAAAUUGAGGUUCCAAUGUAAUUGCUGUAUUCUCCAAAGAUGAGGGACCAGAUGAGAAAAUAAUGUUAAUAAUUGAAUUUAUUAUUUUUUUUUUUUUGCACAAUGUAAGGCAAAUAUACAUGUAGGAAAAUUAUUUGAGCCGGGUUAAAGAAAAAGUUGUAUGUAUAUUUUUAAUUGUGUUAAAAGAACAGUUAAAUAAAACUAGGAAUUUAA